GAGAUGAUUGAUAUUGUAAUGAAUGAGUAUCGAUUUUUACUUCAUUACGAACAUAACUAUAAGGGCGGAAAAUUAAUACAUAUAAUGUGGGUAUAUAUAUGUACUGAAAAAAGUGCUGAGAAAGUAUUGAUAGAGGUAUUUCCAUCGAAAAUAUUAUCUAGAAAGGUUUUAGCCCACAUCGAAGAACGAUUCAAAGACCUUUCACUCGCACCAGUUAUUAUAGUUGAUUAG